GGGUUUUCCAGUAGCCAGUUAGUUGCUCAUUAUGAAGGGUCUAAUAUUGAUUUACUUGAGUGUCUUAGUUUUGGCUCAAAGCCAGGCCGAAUGGCCAAUGCCAAAAGAGGAUCUCACCUGGCUGAUACCUGAAAUCCCAGUUGAGGUGAAUGAAAUUCAAGGAAGAGCUGCUGGCUGUUCGAUUAAGAUCAGAAGUUCCGAACUGAAGGAUCCACAACCUUUGCUAAUCAAACCGGGAACAUCGGAUUUCUAUGACUUCUCUGACAGCGGUUAUGUGGACAUUGAGAAGGAUAAAACCAUUGAGUUUGCCUGCACAAGUAGUUUGGCCUCACCGCUGUCAGGUAAAUCAGUGACCGCUAAAUGUGUCGAGGGCACGAAAUUCAAAAUUGAUGAUAAAGAGCACGACCUUUCCGACUUCAAGUGCAGCUCGUGGCCAGCGUUUGUCGGCAGAAAGUCUGGCCACAGUUGCAACGGUGGCACCACUCUUAUCCAUGUGGGAUUCGAACUUACCGAUUCACGAUUUGCCACCGAAUACGAGGUGUGCUUCAACGAGGACGAAGAAGUGACACGCUAUGUGUACCACAAGCUGGAACCUGGCAGUAAUUACUAUGCCACUGGGGUCGAUCGUAUCACCUUUGGAGCUGGCGGCUACUUUGAUGGCAAAAAUGUUGACAAACUGUAUACGCAGGCCGUCCAAAAGGAGACGAUAGACAAGGAGCUGGACAUGGACUCUUCCCGUUACUUUGACUCACAGAAGAACGUGUUCCUCGCUCGCGGCCACAUGGGAGCCAAGGCCGAUUUUGUCUACGCGGAUCAACAGCGUGCCACCUUUUUGUUCAUCAAUGCGGCACCUCAAUGGCAAACCUUUAAUGCCGGCAACUGGGCACGUGUUGAGGAUGGCGUCAGGGCUUGGGUUAGCAAGCAUGGCAAACAUGUGGAGUGCUGGACAGGAGUGUGGGGAGUCACCACCCUGCCCAAUAAGGAUGGCCAUGAGACGCAUUUGUAUUUGGCUCAUGAUCACAAUGGCAAUGGCCUGAUUCCUGUGCCGAAACUAUAUUUCCGUGUCGUCAUCGAACCAUCGACUAGAAAGGGCAUUGUUCUGAUUGGUGUCAACAAUCCUCAUUUGAGUCUGGAUGAGAUUAAACGGGAUUACAUUUUGUGUGAUGAUGUGAGCGAUGAAAUCGAUUGGAUUAGCUGGAAGAAAACGGAUAUAACUGCUGGCUACUCCUAUGCCUGUGCCGUCGAUGAUUUUAGGCGUAAGGUUGAUCACUUACCCGAGUUCUCUGUGAGUGGUUUGCUGGUAUAAUAUUUGAAUUAAAAUCAAAUUAACACACUUGCUUAAAAUCUGAUAUAUUUAUCCUCUCAAUUGACAAACAAAUAAAGAAAAAUCAAACCCCGA